AUGAUCACCGACCUCGGCGAGAUCGUAUUCUUGCCUGUUGAACAGACCGAUGAAAUCCGUAACGAUCCGAGACUCAGCUUCGGGUCAGCCUUUGGUGAAGAUUUUCACGGACAUUUACCUGGGUUUCAGGGCGCUGCGGUAGACAGCUAUGAUGAUGCGGUUCUACAAACCUUGGUGCGAAAGCAGCUCACCAAGUGCAUCGAAUGGCGAGAGAUUGAAGUAAAGCCCUUCGUUCUUGACACAGUCGCUCGACUUUCAGCGCGCGUGUUCUUAGGCGAGGAACUGUGUCGAAAUGAGGACUGGCUGCGAGCGACGAAAGAGUACACAGUGAACUUUUUCGUCGCCGGAACACAUCUCCGCAUGAUCCCACGCCCUCUACGCCGGAUUCUCCAUUGGUUCGUGCCGAAGUGUCGAGAAUUACGCGCGAGCUUCGACGAGUCACGCCGCAUCAUUAUGCCCUAUAUUGAGAAGCGUCGCGCAGCACGAGCAGCCGCUCUGGCAUCCGGCAAGAAGAUUCCGGAGUUCCACGAUGCGAUUGAUUGGGCAGAACAGGAGGCCUCUGCGAGAGGCGUGACUUACGAUCCCGCCAUCAUGCAGUUGAUGCUAGCAGUUGCCGCAAUUCACACGACGGCUGAUCUGGUCACAGAGAUUGUAUUACAGUUGGCUCUACACCCGGAAUAUGUUGCUCCCCUCAGGGAAGAAGUCAUCCACAUUUUACGUUCCGAAGGCUUGAAGAAGUCAUCUCUUCACAACAUGAAGCUUUUGGACAGCGCUUUGAAAGAAGCUCAACGUCACAAGCCGCCUGGAGUUGCAUCAUUACGAAGACGAGUUGAGAAACCUCUCACGUUGUCGAACGGACUAAACCUCAGAGUAGGAGAUAGGAUUGCGAUCGACACAUACCGCAUGGGAGAUCCGGAGCUGCACCAAGACCCUGAGAAGUGGGACCCCUACAGGUUUAUCAAGAUGGCCGAGCAGCCUGGCAAAGCCAACUAUGCCCAACUGGUUGUGACGAGCCCCGACCACCUUGCGUUCGGACACGGGGAUCACGCAUGCCCCGGACGGUUCUUUGCGGCUUACGAGAUCAAGAUUAUCAUGUGUCAUCUGUUGCUAAAGUAUGAAUGGGAGGCCUUGCCCACUACCAAUGUAUCGCCAAUGGUUUUGGGGUUCACCAAUGCAAGCAAUCCUACCGCGAGAGUUAGGAGCAGAUACGCGUCUUACCUCGAGGACGUACUUGAUGUUGCUUCGCCGGCCCUCACCAACGCGACCUAUGACUCGACGCGUCCCCUCGAUCGUUUCUCCGUCGCAACCGCCAUCAACCAUGCCUCCACCGCCGGUAUUGUCACCAUUUCAGCCACCGCAGCCUCAGCCUUCGAUGCAUUGAACAGCUCGCUUCCCCUUCAGAUCCGCAACCCCGUCGGCGGGUUUUGGUACUACGUCUAUCCCCAAUGGAGCUACCUCGACGGCAUCUUCUCUGUUCUGCCCUUCAUAGCGGCGCAGUCCCACCCCAACUACACCGACAUCAGCAUGCAGGUGUCUCUGCUCUACGAGCACACUUUCCAGAAGAACACCUCGCUGGUCGCUCAUGGAUACGACUAUUCGCGCACUGCAGUCUGGGCGAAUGAGGAGACCGGCUCGAGCCCGUAUAUCUGGGGCCGAUCUGUGGGCUGGUUUGUCGCUGGCUUGGUCCAGACGUGGGAGACCCUCAAUUGCCCGGCUGGCAAAGAGGAAGCCAAGGCAGUUUGCAAGCAACUCAGCGAUGUUACGACACAGCUCUCAACCACCUUGCUCAAGUACGCCGACCGCCAGACCGGUCUAUGGUGGCAACUCAUUACAUUCCCGGGACGCAGCGGCAACUACCUCGAGAGCUCUCGCACGGCGCUCUUCAUGUUCUCCACGCUUAAGGGCGCUAGAUUGGGCAUUUACUCAGAGUCUCCCGCCCGGUUUGAGAGGGCCGCUCUUCGCGCGUACAACUACACUGUCAACCACUUCGUGACCGACCCAGGAAACGGAACCAUUGGCUUCGACAAGACGAUGGCGGUGUGCAGUCUCAACUCCACUGCUAACUACGAGUACUACACAAACCAGCCGCUGUCGCCUAAUUGCUUGCUGGGCGAGUCUGCUUUUGUUCUCGCUUCUCUGGAAGUGGAGAGGAAAUAG